AUGUCUUCUAGUGCUGAGGUGCCGCCGUUCGACGCCUCAGUGAAGAUGGAAGGUGGUUGGUUAUUGUGGGCUGAGCAGAGUUUGUUCCCUUUUUAUGUGUUAUUAACUUUUGAUGGGUGUUUGGGUUUGUUCAUGGGGUCCUUCAAAUUUUUUACCAGAAGAAAGCAAGUUGACUCUGUAGAAGUCAAAACCAAGGGUCUCCUUGCCAAGGAGUUAACUGUUCCUCAUCUAAUUGCAAUUGGUGUUGGUUCAACAAUUGGUGCUGGAGUGUAUGUUCUUGUUGGAACGGUUGCAAGAGAAGAAGCAGGACCAGCUUUGACAAUUUCAUUUCUGUUGGCGGGAAUAGCAGCUGCUCUUUCAGCAUUUUGUUAUGCAGAACUUGCAAGUCGCUGCCCUUCUGCUGGGAGUGCAUAUCACUAUUCAUACAUAUGCCUUGGAGAAGGUGUUGCUUGGCUAAUAGGCUGGGCAUUAAUACUGGAAUAUACAAUUGGCAGCGCUACUGUUGCACGUGGCAUAACCCCUAAUUUGGCUGCGCUUAUUGGAGGAGCAGAUAAGUUGCCCAUUUUUUUAUCACGGCAGCAUAUUCCUGGAAUAGAUAUUAUUGUGGACCCAUGUGCAGCAAUUUUAGUAUUCAUUAUAACCGCACUCUUGUGUAUUGGGAUUAAGGAGAUUGCAGUAGUGCAAGGCACAAUUACAUCAAUCAACGUAUGCGCUUUGCUUUUUGUCGUAACAGCCGGAAGUUACUUGGGUUUUAAGUUUGGAUGGGUUGGAUAUGAUCUUCAUAAUGGGUAUUUUCCUUUUGGGGUUGAUGGAAUGCUUGCUGGUUCUGCAACCGUCUUUUUUGCAUAUAUAGGUUUUGAUGCAAUUGCUAGCACUGCUGAAGAGGUGAAAAAUCCUCAGCGAAACUUACCACUUGGUAUCGGUGGAGCCCUGUUUCUAUGUUGUGGACUUUACAUGAUGAUCUCCAUCGUUGUUGUUGGAUUAGUACCUUAUUAUGCUAUUGAUCCAGAUACCCCAAUUUCAUCUGCAUUUGUCAAACAUGGCAUGCACUGGGCAGCAUAUAUUAUUAAUGUUGGAGCUUUUACAGCUCUUUGCUCAGCAUUGAUGGGUGGUAUACUUCCUCAGCCACGAAUCUUGAUGGCCAUGGCAAGGGAUGGGUUACUGCCACCAUUUUUUUCUGACAUAAAUAAGCAUACUCAGAUUCCUGUGAAGAGCACAAUAGUUACUGGCCUUGGUGCUGCAAUCCUAGCCUUUUUUAUGGAAGUUUCUGAACUAGCAGGGAUGGUUAGUUUGGGUACACUCUUUGCAUUCACCAUGGUGGCAGCAUCUGUAUUAAUACUAAGAUAUAUUCCUCCAAAUAAAGUUCCAUUGCCCCCUUCUCUCAAAGACUCUAUUGCUGCAGUGUCAAAGCAAUAUGAUGAUAUAAACAAUGCAAAGACUAGUUCAAAAUAUGAAAACACAAAAGCUGCUGGUACUUCUGAGGACACAAAACCUUUAAUUGUCAAGGAUGACGCUGUUGGGAUUGAACAUGUAAAUAACGAAAAUAGGCGAAGAGUUGCUGGACGCAUGAUAGCACUUACAUGCUUAGGGGCAUUUGUCCUCACAUAUUCAUCUUCUAAUUUAUCUCUUCAUAGUUUUGUUCGCUUCACAUUGUGUGGACUUGGAGGCAUUACUCUUUUAUCUACUCUUGCCUUUCUAAGCAGUAUGGAGCAAGAUGAUGCAAGUCAAAAUUUUGGGCAUUCUGGAGGUUUUGUCUGCCCAUUUGUGCCACUAUUACCCAUAGUUAGCAUUCUCAUCAAUUCAUAUUUACUAGUUAAUCUUAGCAUGGGGACGUGGUUGCGCGUUUCUGUAUGGCUAGCAGGAGGAGUGCUAGUUUAUGCAUUUUAUGGCAGAACUCAUAGCUCUUUGAAAGAUGUCAUUUAUGUGCCAGCAAUUCAAGUCGACGAAAUUUAUCGAGCUUCCAAAACUUGUCUUGUUUAA